AUGGCAUCAUCAUCUUUGCAACAAGAAAAAGGCAAUCAUGGUGAUGAUACUAAAAAUAUUAUGUUGAGAAAAGGAAAAUGGCUAUCAGAAGAAGAUGCAUUAUUAAGAGAUUAUGUGGAAAAAUAUGGAGCUAAAAAGUGGGAUAAAGUACGAGAAAAAAUAAAACUUGAUAGAGAUGGAAAAAGUUGUCGUUUUAGAUGGUUAAAUAGUCUAAAACCAAGUUUAAAGAAAUGUCCAUUUAAUGAAGAAGAAGAGGAAAAACUUAUUCGACUCUAUAAUAAGUUAGGACCUAAAUGGUCUCAAAUAAUUUCAGAGUUUCCUAGAAGAACCGAUAACGAAUUAAAGAAUUUUAUUAAUUCAAGAAAAAGAAGUUUAAAAAAUUCUAGAAAGCAUCUCAUUCCAAAAAACAUAAACCAUGUUGAUGAAUUGAAGGACAAUGUUGGAGCAAUUAGUUACCAACAAAAUAAUGCCUCCCAAGAAGAAAUAGCUCUAUCAAGAAUGGAAUUCGAUCAUCAAAACAUUAUGCAUGGUAACUAUCUUGAUCAAAUUUAUGAUGAGAAAACUAUCAACAACUUUGAUCAAUUUUCAACAUUGGUUGAUGAUUCAAAUAUGCUAUACAAUAUUGUGGGAACCCCUUCUUUAAGCAAUCAUAUUGUGCCAACAUUGAAUGAUAGGUUUCCUAUACUCCCAGAAUGUCCAUACUUUCAAGAUGAGGAAAAUAUCAACAACUUUGAACCACUUCUAAAAUUGGUUGAUGAUUCAAAUAUACUAUAUAAUAAUGGGGAAAACACUUCGUUAUCCAUAGUACCAGAUCUUCUUACACUCCCAGAAUGUUCACACAUUCAAAAUAAGGAAGAUACACGUCCAUCAUUUACAUCAAAUAAUAUGUUUUCUAAUCAAGAUCUCCCUCCGCUUCCACAAUGUUGGUACAAUCAAGAUAUGGAUUAUCAACAUCCAUUAUUUUUAUCAGAGGAGUUUUUUAAUCAAUAUCCUCAAAAUUCAUAUCUAUCAUCUCAUGAGAUUCAAUAUGAGAUGUUAAAGCCUAAUAGUCCACGUACUAAUGGCUAUCUAGAAGCCAUAUUAUAUCCACCAAAGAUUUUGUAA